AUGCCUUCACAAAUCAGAUCUUGCCUGCGCGUCGCAAGGCAAGUCGCCGCUCGACAGCAUAAGCACCAACAAUUCCUUGCCCGGGCAUUCUCAAGCUCCGUCCGACGAUGUGAAAUCAACAAAAUCUUCCCCUCCGCCGAAGAAGCGAUCAAAGACCUCAAAUCCGACUCUACCGUGCUAGCCGGCGGUUUCGGUCUAUGCGGUGUUCCCGAUACACUCAUCAACGCCGUCCGCGCAAACCCACAUAUCACAGGCCUUACUGCAGUUAGCAACAAUGCCGGUGUCGACGGAUCAGGGUUAGGCCUGCUUCUCGCCAGCAAACAGAUCAAGAAGAUGGUUGCCAGCUACGUUGGCGAGAACAAGACCUUUGAGCGCAUGUACCUGAGUGGCGAGAUUGAGCUUGAGUUGACUCCUCAGGGUACAUUGGCCGAACGAUGCCGUGCGGGCGGUGCAGGUAUUCCUGCGUUUUAUACACCAGCUGCCUUUGGCACGGUCGUGCAGACCGGUGAACUGCCCCUCAAACACAACAGUGACGGUACCGUGGCCCUCUACGGAUCGCCGCGAGACGUCAGAGUCUUUGACGGAAAGAGCUACGUCAUGGAGGAAGCCAUCAAGGGCGACUAUGCAUUCGUCAAGGCUUGGAAGGCAGAUAAACUCGGCAACUGCCAAUUCCGCUACGCCGCGGCCAACUUCAACGGUGCCAUGGGCCGAAAUGCCAAAAUGACGAUCGUCGAGGCGGAACAUAUCGUCGAAGUAGGCGAGAUUGAACCCGCUGCUGUCCACCUACCGGGUAUUUAUGUGAAGCGUGUGAUUCAAAGCACAGAAGAAAAAGGAAUCGAGAAACUCACAUUCGCCAAGGAAGAUGGCGACGAUAUGUCCGCCCUCGGCAAGGGCGAUACAGCCAACAAGCGAGAGCGAAUCGUGCGACGCGCCGCGAAGGAAUUCAAGAAUGGCAUGUAUGCGAACUUGGGUAUUGGGAUGCCUAUGUUGGCGCCGAACUUUGUCGACCCGUCUGUGGAGGUUAUGCUGCAGUCCGAGAAUGGUAUUCUCGGAUUAGGGCCGUAUCCCAAGCAGGGUUCUGAGGAUCCGGAUCUUAUUAAUGCUGGAAAAGAGACUGUGACUUUGCUCCCGGGGGCUGCUGUGUUUGGUAGCGAUGAGUCUUUUGGUAUGAUUCGCUCGGGACGGAUUGAUUUGACUAUUCUUGGGGCCAUGCAAGUUAGCGCUAGAGGUGAUCUUGCGAACUGGAUGCUUCCAGGAAAAAUCAAGGGCUUCGGUGGCGCUAUGGACCUCGUCUCCAACCCCGAGGCGACCAAAGUGGUUGUAACAAUGGAGCACACAGACAAAAAGGGCAACCCGAAGAUCUUGAAGCAGUGUGAAUUCCCAUUGACUGGCAAGGCCUGCGUUAGCCGGAUCAUUACAGAAUUGGCUGUCUUUGACGUUGAUUUCGCCGACGGUCUGACGCUGAUUGAGAUUGCUGAUGGUGUCACCGUUGAUGAGGUCAAGGCUAAGACGGGGGCUCCGUUCAAGGUCGCUGAUGACUUGAAACCAAUGUUGUAA